AUGAUUGGUUCAGUGGGCAGCUUCAAAAGUUGUCACCCAGUAUUGCACCUUGUUGCUAAAUGUGUCCUCUUCUGGAAGGAACCAGGGAAGGGAUGCUACCAAUUUUCCACAGAGGAUGAACUAGCAAAAACUCUUGGUGAGGCCAACUGCCUUUACUGGGGUGCAGUGCUAAUGGGCAUGGCAUAUACGUUUGUCAAUCAGAUGCUCAUGACAGGCAAAGUGCGGAAAGAUGUCAAGAAACUGGUGCCACAUCUUCAACUUGUUCAUGUGGCACCUGUCAUUCCUGUUGACAUUGAUGACAGCGACUCUUGUGCCAAUUAUCUUAUCAAAGAGAGGAUUAGUGGUACAUUUGUUAAGUAUAUUAACAACAAUUCAGCUGUUCCAGCUCAUAGCCUGGACAGCAAAGAAGCAGAAAUCAGACUAUUCCUGUGCCCCAUGCAACACAUCCAGUAUUGUCUCUCUAAUGAGAUGGUCUAUCUCUCUGAUUUUCAGGGUUAG